CGCAAACGCUUUCCGAGAAUCCGACUUUUAUACAAGUGAUUUACUUAACGGUAGAUAAUAUGAGUAUAAAGGGACGCGUGGUCAGGAUGGCCGACUGCUGUUUCGUUAAAGGUCUCAGAAUGAAUUCACAAACAUUAUACUUGGUCGCGAUACUCGUUGGUUUCGGCGCAUUCGUCAACUUUGUUCUCACCAGUCCGUUAGCGAUCUCUACGGAAGCUUCGAGCGACAUAACGAAAAUUCUGUUGGACUGCAAGCACUCGGACUACAGGACUUACUUACAGUGUUUGAAAAGAUAUAAGAGACAUCCGUCUGGAGAUAUUAACGAGAUAGAUCAUGCCUGCAUGGAUAAGUGUAUGGAGACUCAUUGUGCAACGCGAAGAACGUCGUGCGAACAGAAAUGUAAUCACUGCAUAGAAAAGAAAACAAUGCAGAAACAUAAACACCACAUAAUCAAUAUUACCGAAACCGAAUAUGUAACGGACUGCAGUUCCACAAAUUGUACCGAAGUUGUACCAAAGAGCAAUGAUAAUCCGGUGACCAUUAAUGUCACAACGCAUGUUCACCUUCACUUGAAGCCCGCUGAAACACCUGAGCGUCUUAAUCACUGCCCGUGUUAUCACAAGACUUGGAUACCAUGUUACUGUCGGCCUUAUACUCCUAUUUUGAUAUGCAAAUAUCACAUCGGAUGGCCCUGUAUUCCAUACGGCCAUGGCGGAGGAUUCGUACACGGAGGAGGAAUCGAAGAAGGAUUCGGAGGAGGAUACGGAGGAGGAUACGGAGGAGGAAUCGAAGGAGGAUUCGCAGGAGUAUACGGAGGAGGAAUCGAAGGAGGAUUCGGAGGAGUAUACGGAGGAGGAAUUGGAGGUUCAGGUGUGGUGCCUGUUGUUGUGCCAACCGUAGCGGGUGGAUCAAUUAAUGUAACCCUAUGCGAUACACAUCCUCCACCCCCGCAUUGCUAACAUGCUGUCAUGCCAACAUGCCGACUUGCCAUGAAUGAUAUUUUCUUUGUAGGUGUUGGAUGGAUCACAGAUUCGUAUUUCAUUCUUGUACACAUAUUUAUAUUCCAGCAAUUCCCAACGUUUAUUAUGCUGUUACGAAAACAUGUUGCUUAUUGACUUGUACUAAUAAAGACUA